GAAAGAGAGAGCGAUCGGCAGGGCCAGUAGUGCCCCCAUUGGGUGAAACCGCCCUGUGAUGAGGGUCUCGUCCCCCCUUCAAUUCCCGCCUCGUUCGUCCCCCAACUUCAGUCAAGAUCUUGACUUCAUCAUCUAUCUCUUUCUUGCCUCUUAUUGUUGUCUGUCACUCUCUUUUGCAGACCUUUCUCUCUCUCUCAUUUUCAUCAUCUCUUACAGUCUUUACCCCCCACCAUAUCCAGUCACUCUUUCACUACCUACCUACACCACACUCAUUUCAACCCCCGAAUCCUACCGCCGUCGUUUGAUUGAUUCCCCUUAACCCGUUGAUCGGAUUGCGUGUUAUUUAUCCUUCGACUAUUCAACGCCAAAAUGUUCUUCACCAAGUCCUCCCUGCUCGUCGCUCUUUUCGCCCUUAGCAAUCUUGUCGUUGCGACUGGCACUCCUUCCUGUCUGCUUUCCGCUGUGGGCGCCCAAUCCGAUCCAGCCAACCUCAAGGCCGUCUGUGUCACGAACGGCGAUGCUGUUCAGUCCCGCAUCCAUGAUUUGUGCGGCUCCGAUGCUCAAGAUGCUUUAGAGUACUUCCAGAGCACUUGUUCCACCGGUGGCUACAAGAUUGCCAUCAAGUCCACUUCCACCUCCGCGUCCAGCAACAGCACCUCGACUACCGAUUCUGGCUCUAGCACCUCUACCGGCUUUACCACCACCACUGCUUCCGCCUCUAGCUCGACUUCUGCCUCGGGCAUUGUCUCAACCACUCCAACUGCUAGCCAAACCCACUCGAGUGCUUCGUCCGACAAACAGGUCUCUGCUGCUGCCUUUGCUGCCGUGGUUUUCCUCGGCUUCGCAGCCACACUUUAAAGACACUUUGAUUGCUGUGUAUUAUAUUUGAUACCUGGACAAGCUUUUCCAGAAUAUAUUUGAGGCAUAUCUUUUUUUUUUUUUCAAUUCAUGUUCCAUUAAUCGAUUAGGACUUGCAUACUGGAAUACAACCUUGCGAUCUAUGAGCACGCUAU